GCGCCUGAGAGCGGCGCCCGCCGGGCAGCGCCGAGCCGAGCCGCGCCGGGGCGGGAGGGAGCCGAGCGGGCUCCGGCCGGGGGCGCAGCGGGGCAGGGCUUGAGGGAGAGGGGAGCGAGCGGAGCGGCGCCGGCCGCGGGGCAGAAGGAGGAAGUGGGGCGGGGGGAGCCGUAGGGGCGCCGGGCCGAGGAGGGGGAGGAGGAGGAGGAGGAGGAGGAGGAGGAGGAGGAGGAGGAGGAGGAGGAGGAGGGGGAGGAAGGGCGGCGAGGGGCAGCCCCGCUAUGGCGAGGGCCGUUUCGCGGAGCCGCUGACCGGCGGCCGCUCUCCUCCCCUUCCCGGCCCAUGGUGCUGCCGCCCUGCCCCAUGGCGGAGUUCGUGGUGCCGCGGCACAGCGCGGUGAUGGAGCGGCUCCGGCGCCGCAUCGAGCUCUGCCGGCGGCACCACAGCGCCUGCGAGUCCCGCUACCAGGCCGUGUCCCCGGAGCGCCUGGAGCUGGAGCGCCAGCAGACCUUCGCCCUGCACCAGCGCUGCCUGCAGGCCAAGGCCAAGCGGGCCGGCAAGCACCGGCAGCCGCCCCCGGCCCCGCCGCCGCCCGCUCCCCCCCCGCCGCCGCCGCCGCCCGCCGCGGGGGGCACUGCCGACAGGAGCGGGGCCAACGGGCUGGACGCCGAGGCGGCGAGCGGCGAGCAGCACGGCCGCAGCAGCACGCUGAUCGCGCAGCUUCAUGAGACUGUGAAAAGAAAGCUCGAUAGUGCUUCUUCCCCUCAGAACGGAGACCAGCAGAAUGGCUAUGGCGAUGUAUUUUCUGUGUCCAAGAAAUUGCGUCGUGAUGACGGUCUUGGUGGAGCAAGUGGUUCUUCCAAUGGAAUGCCCCCUGUGUCUCCACUCCAUCAUCUUGACAAGAAAUCUGGCAGCGGAGAUACCUUGCAACUUAAUGGAAAACAUCCGAUGGGGCUAGAUGGCAUUAGCAAGAAGUGUCUUCCAGAUUCCAGCCUGCAAAUGAAUGGAGGUGGUGAUGCUGACGACUCAUUUCCUCCGAGUUUGAACAAAGAGCUGAAGCAGGAGCCUGUAGAUGAUCUUCCAUGUAUGAUUGCUGGAGCAGGGGGUUCUAUAUCUCAGAACAACUUGAUGCCUGAUCUUAAUCUUAACGAGCAAGAAUGGAAGGAGCUUAUUGAGGAGCUUAACAGGUCAGUGCCCGAUGAAGACAUGAAGGAUCUCUUUAAUGAAGACUUUGAAGAGAAGAAAGAUGCAGAUUCUUCAAAUUCAGCUGCACAGACUCCCUUGCCGCAAGAUAUUAACAUAAAGACAGAAUUUUCCCCAGCACCCUUUGAACAGGAACAGAUGGGGUCUCCCCAGGUUAGAUCUACUUCUUCAGGUUCAGCGUUUAUUGGUGCUGCUUCUGUGCCUGUAAGUGCCGCUUCUCCAGCAGUUGGUAGCUCUCAGGCUAUGUUUCAGCCUUCUAGUCAGUCAAUGACUGAAAAUCCUAAUCAGCCCAUGAUGCAGGCAUCAAACCACUCUCAGAACGUCCAGAGACCUCUCCCCAAUGUGUUGUUACCUGGGAAGGGUGCAGGAAGUGCCAAAGAAAUGUCCUCCGCUCAUCAGCUCCAGCAGAUCGCUGCCAAGCAGAAGAGAGACCAGAUGUUGCAGAACCAGCAACAGGCUUCACAAGUCCACCAGACAAAUCAGAUGUCUACCUGGCAGCAGUCUGGGCCUUCUCAUAGUCCGUUGGCUGUUCCAUAUACCAUGGAAAAUCCCACCAGCCCUUCAGUGUACCAGCCGGACUUCAACAAUCAGAAGCUCAUGAUGCCAAGUAUGGGAAAUAAAAGCUCGCCGAGAGCUGGAGGCAAUUACCACGUGAACAUACUGGGUCACCAGCAAAACAGCAUGAACCAGAACCCCGUGAAUAGUCAAGGCUCGAUGCUGGACUAUGGGAACACCAAACCUCUUUCACAUUACAAAGCAGAAUGUGAGCAGGGGGUUACGGUACCCAGUCAGAACAAGACUCCCAUGUUGGCGUACAUACAGCAGCGCCAGCAGCAACCGCUGGCUCACGUGAGUGACGACCAAAACGGAAUGAUUCUGUUGAAACAGAAGUCUGGAAACAUUGCCUACCGGCUACCGCACAGUCAGGAUCAAAACCCGUCUCCUAAUGUUCCUCGUGUCCCUGUUUCUGUCCCGGGCCCUGGUGUUGGUGCCCAAGCUCCCAAUGUCACCAUGGCAGGCAACCACAGCAACCCACCUUAUCUCAGCAAUCAGCAGCAAGCAGCAGUAAUGAAGCAACAGCACCAAAUGCUGAUGGACCAGCAAAAGCAGAGGGAGCAGCAGCAAAAGCACUUGCUCAUGGAGCAACAGAAGCAGCAGUUCCUAAUGGAGCAGAGACAACAUCUUCUGGCUGAGCAGGAGAAACAGCGGCAGCAGCAAGAGCAGCAGCUGCAGCGGCACCUGACUCGACCGCCUCCCCAGUAUCAGGAUCAGCCACAGAAUCCGUACCAGCAGCAGGUUGGACAGUUCACAGGGUCAUCUUCAGCCAUGCCUGGGGUCAGUAAUUUAGGACAGUCCAGCUCCAGUAGUCCACGGAUGUUUCCUCAGCCCCAGAACAUGAUUCAGAUGGGACCUGGACACAGUUCUGUUCCUCCGCUCCAGUCGGGCUCCAGCCAGCAGGAUCGGGGGGUGACUCAGUAUACCAAUAUGCAAAACAUUCAGCGAGGGGGAUUGUACAACUUGGCGUCGGGUAUGACACAGAUGGUUCCCCAGCAUGCAAAUCAAAGUGCCAAUGGACAGCCACCGAUGCAGAGACAAGGCAGCUUGGGCCAGGGUGCUGCUGUUCCUGCUGGCUACGGGCAGAAUACCUUAGCGAACUCAAGUAUUUCUCAACAGCACAAUAAAGGCGCACUGAAUCCAACCUUAUCAAAGCCACAGAUGGCAAGAGUACCGGGUGCUAUGGGGGCUCAAAAUCCAUCUUGGCAACACCAAGGUAUCCCUAAUAUUAAUAACCAGACGCAAGGAAACAGUGGCUUGGGACCGUUUACUGCCAGCUCCUCUUUCCACAUGCAGCAGACUCAUCUAAAGAUGGCCAACCAACAGUUUGCUCAAGGAAUGCCUCAGGUAAGCCUCAGCACCAGCAGACCAAUGACCUCUAUGAACGCUGCCGUCUCUGGGCAGAUGCUGUCAUCGUCUUUAGGCUCGCAGCAGCGGACAAACGCACCUACGCAACAGCAGGUAGCCUCACAGCAAGUCUUGCCUGGCAUGAACCAGACUGUUCCGGAUCUGAAUGCUUUCAACCAGAAUCCAAAUCAGCAAAUGUCCAACAGAGGUAAUAUGCACUGUAGUCAAGGGUACCCCGUGAGGACAACCAGUCAGGAGCUGCCUUUUGCGUACAGCAGCCAGUCGGGCAAUAAUGGACUUCAGAACUUAACUGGUGACACAGAUCUGAUAGACUCUUUGCUGAAAAACAGGACUUCAGAGGAGUGGAUGAAUGAUUUGGAUGAGUUGUUGGGAACUCAUUAAAAAUGGGCUGGGGUGGGGGUUCUACUUUUUUUUUUUAAUUAUUUCAUGAAACAUAAAACAACACUUGGACCAAAAAACCUGUGGCAUUGAGGAGAGUUGCAGGCAUUAGAGGUAGAUGGUUGGUAAAGGGACUGGAGCUGCUUCUCAAUGAGUGUUGAUACAUGGUAAAGGCGCACCGAGCAGGUCUGCAGGAGCAGUGAGCUUUAUCCUGGUGUCUUUAAGGAGUCGCACGUCUGAACAGGUCAAACAAAAUUGUGCGUGUCCUAGCCAGCCUUUCAGAAAUCUCACUUGCAGUGUUCUAAAAUUAAAAUUUUGAAUUAUUUAAAGAUAAUGUUCCACAGAAAUAGUGCAGAAAGAAAGCAAGUAGUUGCAAAAAUUGUGUUUAGGGCUUAAUUUCCUGCAGCUAUUACUUGCAAUCAUUAUUGUUCGUAGCUUGACAUGCUAUUAUAGUACUGUCAUCAAACGUCUGACUUUUUAUUUGAGAAGAGGCUAUAUGCCCCGAGUACGCUUGCAAGAUGUUUUGAAUUGUUUUUUUUUUUCCAUCGCUGAAGCAUGUGCCUGUACUCUCAAUAAGCAAGUGAUAUUUCACAGUAAAUAUUUCUAGAUGCUGGUGAUAGAUGAAAGAAAGUGUUAAAACCUGGCCAGUUAGCCUAGGUAGUCUUCUUAAUAGAUUGUAGUCUUUUAAGCUGCAGUUUGCACUCUGUUGUAGAGAGGCACAGUUCUUGGCUUAUACCUUGCUGUGUUUAAAGGGGGAAUUUCUUAUGGGAGAACUUUUAAACUAUAGUAGUUUUAACAUGAAUUGUAAAGCCAUUUACUUUGCACCUGUUUCUUCAUAACUUAUUUCCAAAGGUAGUUGUAUUUAAAUGAAGGCUUUGCUUCAUGACAGCUCAUCUAGUUUUCUUUGUUGUAAAAAGUAAAACUAACUUUUGAGAUCAGUUCAUUCCCCAAAGUUAGCAGUGACACAAUGAGCACAAGACUUUGUCACUUCAGGGUAAAAUGAGGAAAAAAGAAUUUGGCUGAGAGGUGAGAAGUCCUUAUCAGCAAUAAUAGCACAGGCAGCCUGGGAGAAUACUUGUAUCAGGGUUGCUCCGAUAUCGAAGUCUCCCCCUUUAAAUACUUUUUUUAAUACUGGGUUAUGAGUUUGAUAAUCCUUCUAUAGACAGGUGGGUUUAUUCCUUUAAUAUCCCUUGAAGCAGGUGCUGGUUCCUCAGCUCAGCCCAAGGAGACCUCAUCCAUGUUGGGGUCAACUCUCAGAAAGGACAAAAACCACAGUGGGAGCAGGAAGUGUUCCAAAGUCCUUACUUUCUACCAAAAAAAAAAUCCCUUAUCCACCAACAAACCACCUUGCCUUAACCUUUACUUUAAAAUGAAAAUAAAGUUGAAAGCUUUUGUUUUAAAUGCACAAAUACCUCUUCCCUUUCUAAAUCCACUUUUUUUUUUUCUUUGAGAACUCCUUUAAACUUUCUAGCCAAACCCAGCAUUGUGUUUUAAAAGCAUUUUCCUUCAACGGACAGGCUUCUUUGGGAGUUUUCUGCACUGCAGAGAUGUGUGAGAGGGUUUUUUUUUUCCAGAGUGGGUGAUGGAGAAGUGAAGGAUAACAUUGAAUUCAAGGAAGGAAAAUAUUUUACUGUAUCUGCAGCUUCUUCAUCAGACAAUUUGCACUUUUUAAAAACUGCUUUUUAACACUAAUACUUUAACCCUUUCCAAAUAUGCAUGGAACAUGGUUUGUCCAGCACACUUAUCUAGUGUGGAUGAAUUGCGCUCUGUUAAACAGAUUUGAUCUUGUGUCAUGUUGAACUGUCGGUGAACAAUGUGCAUUGAUCAGUGGAUCCCACCAUUGAAUAGAGGAUAAAACUUCACUGAAGCAGGCUUAAUCCCUGGUAGAACUUUUAACUAAGAUUGUCUUUGGAUGGGAAGACAAAAGUGCUAGCGACUUUGGUUGUUGACACUUCAGAUAUUUUCUAGAAUAAGUAGCUGAGAUGCAAAUAACUGAUGCUAACUUUUCUUAUACUGGCAAUCAAAGCAAAGAGCUGGUGAGUUUGGUUUGCUGUCAAACCAAACGCUGGUCCAAGGUAAGUGUCAUUAGAGUAUAGGUAAAUUAGCAAUGGCAGGGGAAGAAGUGUUUGCUGUAUUUUUUUUUUUAAGGGUUAACUUUGCACCAGUGUGCCUUCCCUUCCUGUUGGGGGUGCUUGGGACCUCAUAAUUUCAAGUGACAUCCUUCAGUGUCACUGCUUCUACCCUCUCCUCCCUUCCCCCUUCCGUGACCGCCCCCCCCCCCCCCCCACAAACACUUGAGAGAAGUAACAGGGUAGGAGGAUUCAGCUCUUCUUUCUUCCCUGUUUAGAGUGUGGUGAAAUCUGCUACAUUCUCCAGUAGGUUUUGCACACAGACUUUGUUCUGAAUAAGUCAAAAUACAAUCCAUCCAGUUUUAAUUUCUUAAUCAGAGGAAGAGAACAUCUGCUGUUUGCAUUAUUACUACCAAAAAGGCAGUCCAGCUUAAUGUCCAGGAAGAUGCAGAUGUACUUUUUCCUCCACUGUUUCUGGAAGCUAAGGUGGAUAUUGCCCCAUUUGACCAGAGGGUUUGUUCAGGAAGGUGUUGAGUUUUGUGACAGGGCCUUUUCACGGUACUGUUGAACUAAAAUUAAGUGUGAUUCUAGGCAAAGUGGCUUACAAUGCCCAUUGGCCUUCGUAUGUGAACUGGAUCCAAACAGCAUUUGACCUGGUAGAAGAAAACAUCCCUUGCUUCUGGUUUUGGUCCCUGUGCACGUAAUGUGAUCAGACUGUUAAAAAUGUGGUGUCACUAUAACAAUAGUGAAACAGUUCAAUGGAAAUGAGAACACGGUUUGGAUGAAAGAGGUGCAUGGGUAGGGCUGGGCUUUGCCCUUACGCCCUUUAACAUGUAGCUGUCUAUAUAUGCACUUGGUCUUUCCAUUUGCUGCAGCUUCAGAGCAAUAAAAUGUAGCUCCCCUGAACUGUACCUAGCCAGCCGCCCAUGGCUUUAUUUAUAAACUGCGGUUUUGGUUGGGUAGGAAAGGUGAGAGUGUCACUGUGCAACAUCCACUGCCUUCCAAAAACCACAAUUCAAUUGAAAAGGGUGCUCAAAAUUUUGUUAUACACAUUUCCUUUGUGUAAAUAAAUGUUUACAAUUUUAUAUUAAAGAUUUGAAUAA